CAAACUUCAUUCAUUUCAUUUUACUUUUGCGGCAGAUCUUCGUCUUGGAUUGGAGUUUUGCGAGAUUGAUUAACGUAGUACAAAAAAUAGUUUUCAUAAAUUCUAGUGAAUUUGCACGGCGAAAACAUUGUUAGUUUUAGUUAAAAAUUAAAAUUUCUUAAAGCUACAAUAUGCCUAAAUUUCACAAGGUGGAUAUUAACAAGACAGAAUGGAUAGUGCCAGAACGAUACCAAUCUUUAACACCUGUAGGAUCAGGCGCUUACGGUCAAGUUUGCGCCGCUGUGGAUACGCUGCAUAAUAUGAAAGUUGCCAUCAAGAAGUUGGCGCGACCUUUCCAAUCAGCGGUACAUGCAAAGCGGACAUACCGUGAGCUUCGCAUGUUGAAGCACAUGAAUCAUGAGAAUGUUAUUGGUUUGCUGGAUGUGUUCAGUCCCGAGAAAACAAUAGAAGAGUUCCAGCAGGUAUACCUGGUGACGCACCUGAUGGGUGCGGACUUGAACAACAUCAUCCGCACACAAAAACUCUCUGAUGACCAUGUGCAAUUUCUAGUCUAUCAGAUCCUACGGGGAUUAAAGUAUAUUCACUCAGCGGGUAUUAUACACAGGGAUCUUAAACCCUCAAAUAUUGCAGUCAAUGAAGAUUGUGAGCUGAAAAUAUUAGACUUUGGUCUAGCCAGACCCACUGAAACAGAAAUGACUGGCUAUGUAGCCACAAGAUGGUACAGGGCCCCAGAGAUCAUGCUGAAUUGGAUGCACUAUAACCAAACAGUUGACAUAUGGUCAGUCGGUUGCAUCAUGGCUGAACUGCUGACUGGCAGGACACUCUUCCCGGGCACUGACCAUAUCCAUCAAUUGAAUUUGAUCAUGGAAGUCCUCGGUACACCGCCACAGGAAUUCAUGGCCAAGAUUUCCUCGGAGUCUGCUAGAAAUUACAUCAAGAGCUUGCCUCGGCUGAACAAGCGGGACUUCCGCGAGGUGUUCCGCGGCGCCAGCCCGCUCGCCAUCCACUUACUAGAGAGAAUGUUGGAGCUUGAUGCUGAUAAGCGAAUCACGGCUGAAGAAGCUUUAGCGCACGAAUAUGUGGCCCAGUACGCGGAUCCGACCGACGAGCCAGAGUCCACGGCCUACGACGAGAGCUUCGAAGACAUGGAGCUGCCCGUCGACAAGUGGAAGGGUGAGCCUUAUGUCAAUAGCCUUAAGGUUUCUCCUGUACAAACAAUACCGCAGUGCAUUUGUGCGCCUGUAAAAAGAUUUCACCGACGAGCCAGAGACCACGCCCUACGACGAGAGCUUCGAAGACAUGGAGCUGCCCGUCGACAAGUGGAAGGAGUUAGUGUGGAAAGAAGUAGUGGAGUUCAAACCUCAUCCGCAGCAUAUGAGCACCGUCGUGGAAGUGAACCCGUUAUAAUCAACAGUAACCCCCAGUCUACAUUCAUGAAACAGUCACGUAAUUGUGAACUAGUCUGCAGCACUAAUUGCAACCACAUAAAAUAAGUACAUAUAACAUGGUAUUUUAGGCGAUUAAGGCUGUCUGUCGAAGAAGCGAGGGAAUAUUGACCAAUAGGAUUGUUGAACGGAGAUUUUAUGCAAUCCUGUUGGUCAAUAUUUUCUCGUAUCCCCGCUCCCCUUGCCUAGAUACACGUGAAUGGACAGGUAGCCUACUAACACGAGUAUUCAAAGUUAUGGUUGGAUUUUUAAAAUGUCAACUAGGACACAAUUUUAUGAAUUCAUCAUUCGACCGACAGCUUGGUACCUUUCGCCAGUAAUUUGGGUAUUCAAUACGUUUUAAAAUUGCUCUACUUAUAACUUGUGUGAUUCUGCAGAUCUCAAUGACUUUAAUGGCUUUUUUUUUCUUUUUACAAAUACCUACAUAACGGUAUAGCUUUUGUUUCUUCAUCAAAACUGAACGAUCAAUUUCAUGCUCAAAUUAAUUAAAGUCUUACAUUCACACGAAGUACGAACCCACGCAAAAAAAGCAAUAUGAAAUAAAUAUUUUUCAGGGAAGUGCAAUUAGUGCAUAGAUAAUGUUAUCUCGAUUACGAUGUAGGACGUAAAUUCACGCGUAUACUUUGAUAACUUGAUUUGCGUGAUGAUAAAGUAGGUAUAUAUACCUAUCCUUCUUAUAAAAGUAGUAAGUAUGCUAUGAUCUUUAUUUUUUCGAAGUAUACAUAAUAGUAUAACUAGUUUUCAGGCGCUAUAUGGAGUAGCUAAACGGAUUUUUAUCGCUUUGCCUUUGGACAAUGGGUUUACAUAAAUCGAUAUUUAUUUUAUUGUAUUUUCAAUAAGAUCACGUAAACAUUAAAUUGUAUUGUAUAUCAAAUAUAUUAAAUUUAUUACGUGAAAUAAUUAUUUCAAGAAAAAAAAACCAUUAUUAUGUAAGUAUUUAUAGCUUAUUUUAUUGAUAGUAUACGUGGGUUGAUUAAUUUCGAGGUAAGAGUAUUAUUUUCAAUCAAAAUCACAUGCUUUCGAACGAAGAUCACUCUUAGCGGUUUUAUUAUUACCACGUUAAAAAUUGCAUCCUAAAAGGGAAAUCAAUAAGAAAUAGCUAUUGAUUUCCCUUUUACGUACAAUCAUAAAUGUUUUUUAAAUUUUAAAAUAUUCUUUUAUCUUCUAUAAGUUUAUGAAUGUGACUGCCUAGCCUUAUGUGUUAUGCUGAAUUUCACUAGAUUUUGUAUAAUAAUCCUGUCCUAUAUUAUGCAAGUUUACAUACAAAUCAUGUAAAUGUUUUGUUUUUAACAAAAUCAUCUUAAUUCAAAUUAGUUUAAAAAUUCUCUAAUAUCUUUUACUAUUUAAACAUGCAUCUUUAUAUCAAAUAUUGAGAAAAUAUUGGUGCUUAUAAAUGAUUUGCUUGGUUUUGUGAUUUUAACUGCCCUAAUAAAUUUGAACAGUUUUGGCCACUCAGUUCAAAAUCUUGUUCGUUUGAAACUCGUCUAGUUUUCCAUAGUAGCCAUUAGGUAAGGCCUAAAGAGCAAUAUUUAAGUGAAGCCGGUCUUUAUUGUACCAAAAUAUUAAACAAAAACCUAUUUGUACCCGUAGUGUAAGGUCUUCUAUACCGUCCAUCUAUAUGUGGCGUUCAUUUUUUUGCUCAGAUUUUUCGCGUGAGCUAUAUGUUUGUGUGUUGAAUAGAAUUAUGUAUGUACAAAAUUUUUAUCAUGUUUAUGAAGCUUAGGAGAUUUAUCUAGUGUGGACCUUAUUUGUGAUUGACGUGUGUAGCACACCAGUAAUAGAAAGAUUGCUUAAUAAAAUUAAGUAAGAGGUGGAAUAGUUUGUAAACCGCCUUAUUACCCCGCAAUGUUGUUGCCUUAUCAUGUUAUAUAAUUAAGCGCUUUAAUCUUGGAGGAAGAAAAUAAUAUACCUGGCGAUUUACGUUAUUAAGUGCCUGCAUUGUAAUAACUGGAUUUUUUAAAAUGUCUAAUGUUAACGCAGUGGAUUGAAAGCUUUGACAUAUUGUAAGUUAAAUUUUGAUUUAAUUUAAAGGAAACAAUUUUAUUUAUAAGUUCUAAAACUAAGAUCAGGCCCAUAAUUGCAAUUUUACUAAUGUGAAUGUUAUGAUAUUUUCUAUAAUAGUAAUUUUACACAUUACUGAACAAGUGAUGCGUGAAUGUAUAAUCAAAAUAAUAAGUUUUACUUUUUUUCAAAUCGCAUAAUUAUUUAAUAUUCAUGUGUUUUAAUUUCUCCCGAGAUAAAAUCGCUUUUAUCAACUAGGUAUAUGAAGACAGCACAAAGUACAUCUGUAGCCAUAACGUGUAAACGCGUUACCAUCGCAUAUAAUGUGUAUUGUUACCUAACAUUGUAAGAUAUGCCGAUGUAUAGAACUUGAUUUCGAAUUAUAAUUAAUAAAUAAUAAUGGUUUUAAAAAAUAAAUAAGAUGUACAGCUUGGCAAAACGUGCCUCAAACUGAUAUGGUCUUAUUAAACGAAAAUAAAAUUUAUACAUUAUUUCGGGGUUAUACGAUAAAGAUUUCAUGUUUCCACUUGCUUAUACUCAUUUCUUUCUUAUUUCUUUUUUAAUUGUCUAUGACAUUAUUACUUUUUUAAAUUAAGUUCAAUCUGCACCACUUCAGUCCCCUUUUUGUCAAGUUGUAUUCGUAUGUACAAUAUUUAAAUACGAUUACCAAUCAAGUUCUGUAUUCGACGAAUUGUAAGUUAUAUUUUAUGGAAAAAAAGAGAAAAUAUAUUGCAAUAAUAUAUAAA